AUGCUGUUUCUCUUAGCUCUCUUUGCUGUUUCCCAGCAAUUUAGCGAUGUUGCUAUGGAAGAAAACAGAUGGCACAUCAAGAAGCACUUAAAGCAUCUUGUUAAACCAAUCUCUCAUGUUGUUCAUAAAGUAACACAUUCUGUUACACACGCCCUCAAGAAGACAAUUGUUCGCCCAAUCCAGCGCUUUGUUUACCACGGCUCCGAGUCAAUCUGGAAAGAGGCUGCCAAGAUCACAAACUUCGAUAUCACAAAUAAUGAAAAGAAUUGGCAAACCGAUGAUCUCAACAAGGUCACAGGAGAUCUUGCCAACACAUUCGGACUUGAUUCCGGCAAGGUCCAAAACUUCUUCAACCGUGCCAAAUUCCAGCAGAACUCCAAGCAGCUCUUCAACAAGAUGGACUUCGGCAAGCUUGCUGACCGCGAUCACAGAUUCGCUAACCUCGGCGCUACAGUCGUUAAGGUUUCUAAGGUUGAUGGUGGUUUCUCCGUAAUCGCUCGCCAGAUCGCUGCCAGAGCUACAAUCGAGGCUAAGGUCAUCACAAAGACAUCAAGCCACCACUUCUUCAGCGGCCAUACCCGCACAAGUGCUUCAUGGCGUCCACUUGAUGGCAAUGAGCUCACAGACAUCUACAACGAGUGCAACAACCAGAUCUCUGGCCAACUUAACCAAUACAAGACCAUCUAA